AUGAGGGUCCUGUUGUACCUCGGUUUCAGUUUGCUUCUGCUGUGUUUGACAGUCUUUGCUGACCACGAGGGCAAGAAACAUGAUCACGAAGAUGACCAUGAGAAGAAAGAUGACCAUGAUCACAAGCACCAUGACCAUGCCGAAAGAAUUUUGCCCAUCCAAAAAGUACAAGCUGGCAAUAAAAAAUUUGCAUUCGACCUCUAUGGAAAGGUAGCAACUGACCAUCCAGAAAAGAACAUUGCCAUGUCCCCAAUAAGUAUAUCUGUAGCCAUGGUCUUCCUGUCUCUCGGUGCAAAGGACAAAACCCAUGACCAGAUCGUAGAAGGCAUCCGCUUUAACAUUUCUGAGAUUUCCGAAACAGAAAUGAAUGAUGGCUUCCACGAUCUUCAGGAAAAGUUAAAUGCUGAUGACAGAGAGGUGCAUCUCAAUAGUGGAAAUGGUCUUUUUGUGAGCGAGGUAUGCAAAGUCAACGAUGACUUUCUCAACAAAGCCAAGAACCUCCGGUCAGGUGUCUCCACUGUAAACUUUGAGGAAAAUGAAGAAGUCAAGAAACAAAUCAACAGCUACGUUGAGAAGAACACAAACGGCAAGAUCGUUGAUGUGCUGAGCAGUGUAGACAAGGACGCAGCUUUAGUUCUUGUCAACUUCAUUUAUUUCAAUGGAACGUGGGAAAAACCUUUCGAUGAGAAAUUUACCAAAGAAGGAGAUUUUCACGUGAAUAAAGAUCUUACCGUGAAGGUGCCGUUCAUGUCCCAGACUGGUUAUUACAUGACAGGAGCACUGGAUGAAGCCGACAUUGUAUCUGUCCCAUACAAAGGGAACGCCUCCAUGUUAUUCAUCCAACCCAAAGAUGGCCAAAUGAAAGGCGUGGAAUCGCACCUCACUGAUGUACUGAAGAAAUUUCAAACACGUCUUUACAAAGACCUUGUGGAUUUAAGAAUUCCCAAGUUUGACAUUUCUGGUGAUAUCGACCUAAAACAAGUUCUACCCAAACUCGGAAUAGUCGAUAUGUUCUCCAACGAAGCAAAUCUUUCUGGAAUCACUGGGACUCCCAACCUGAAAAUUUCACAGGCUCUUCACAAAGCUAAGAUAAAUGUACAUGAGAAGGGGACAGAGGCUGCCGGGGCCACAGUCAUGGAGGCCAUUCCCAUGAGACUUCCUACUCAGAUUACGUUAAAUUAUCCAUUCGUGUUCAUUAUCUUUGACCACGACCUCAAAACCAUCCUCUUCAUGGGGAAAGUUGUGAACCCAAGCGAGUAA